AUGGCUUCCUCCGGUCACAUCCUCACCCUCAGCUGCCCCGACAAGCCCGGCAUUGUCCACGCCGUCACCGGCAUCUUCGCCGCAAAGGGCCACAACGUGCUCGACCUGCAGCAGUUCUCCGACCCCGUCACCAACAAGUUCUUCAUGCGCGUGCACUUUGGCCCUGCCCCGGACGUUGCCGAUGCCUCGUCGACUGAGCACCUCGAGCCCGACUUCCAGGCCCUCGCCACCGAGUACAGCAUGAAGUACAACUUCCGGCCCUUGAAGCGCCGCACCCGCGUGCUCAUCAUGGUGUCCAAGAUUGGCCACUGCCUCAACGACCUGCUGUUCCGCAUGAAGACUGGCCAGCUGCUCAUUGAGGUGCCCAUCAUUGUCUCCAACCACCCCGACUUUGAGGCCCUGGCCAAGAGCUACGGCAUUGAGUUCCACCACAUACCGGUGACCAAGGACACCAAGCUGGAGCAGGAGGCCAAGGUGCUGGAGCUGAUCAAGCAGCACAACAUUGAGCUGGUUGUCCUGGCCCGAUACAUGCAGGUGCUGUCGCCCAAGCUGUGCGAGGAAAUGUCCGGAAAGAUUAUCAACAUCCACCACAGCUUCUUGCCCAGCUUCAUCGGCGCAAAGCCCUACCACCAGGCUUUCGACCGCGGAGUCAAGAUUAUCGGUGCCACGGCGCACAUUGUCACGGCCGAUCUCGACGAAGGCCCCAUUAUCGAGCAGCAAGUCACCCGAGUCGACCACAGCAUGGACCCCAAGAAGCUGACAGAGGAGGGAUCCACGGUCGAGACGCAGGUGCUGGCGGCGGCGGUUCGCUGGUAUGCCGAAGGAAGAGUGUUUUUGAACGGACACAAGACUGUUGUGUUCUAA